UUUGAACUGCAGGUUACGUUUUUUAAUCCUGUUAUUGAAAGAAGACCAAAACUCCAGAGGCAGAAGAAAAUUUUUUCAAAACAGCAAGGCAAAACAUUUCUCAGAGCUCCUCAAAUGAAUAUUAAUAUUGCCACUUGGGGAAGGCUGGUAAGAAGAGCUAUUCCAACAGUGAAUCACUCUGGCACCUUCAGCCCCCAAGCACCAGUACCUGCUACUGGGCCAGUGGUUGAUGCACACAUCCCUGAACUAACACUGUCAGCCAGUGACUCUCCUGUAGCCAAAUUGGACUUUGAACUUGAGCCUGAGGCUCCACCCGCUCCACCCCGAGCAUCUUCCCUUGGGGAAAUAUGUGAAUCUUCCUCCGAGAUAAAGGCUUCUGAUGUGCAGUCUCAGGAUGAAGUAACAGCUUUUGACUUUGAAAAUGGCAGAAAUAGUAUUGUCCCAAAACUCCAGCCUGAAAUAAUCUGUGAGCCUGAUGCUCCCCAUUCAGACAUAAAAUACAGCAACACCCGAGAACUUGAAGAUAGAAGAUCACAACAAAGAUUUCAGUUCAGUCUGAAGGAUUUCAGGUGUUGUGCUGUACUGGGCAGAGGACAUUUUGGAAAGGUGCUGUUGGCAGAGUACAAAAACACGAACGAGAUGUUUGCUAUUAAAGCCCUAAAGAAAGGAGAUAUCGUUGCUCGCGAUGAAGUAGACAGCUUGAUGUGUGAAAAGCGAAUAUUUGAAACUGUGAAUAGUGUAAGACAUCCCUUCUUGGUGAACCUUUUUGCUUGUUUCCAAACCAAAGAUCACGUUUGCUUUGUAAUGGAAUAUGCUGCGGGGGGGGAUCUGAUGAUGCACAUUCACACCGACGUCUUCUCUGAACCAAGAGCAGUCUUCUACGCUGCAUGUGUGGUUCUUGGACUUCAGUAUUUACACGAACACAAAAUAGUAUACAGAGAUUUGAAGUUGGAUAACUUAUUGCUGGACACAGAAGGCUUUGUGAAAAUUGCUGACUUCGGCCUUUGCAAAGAAGGAAUGGGAUUCGGAGACAGAACAAGCACAUUCUGUGGCACGCCGGAAUUUCUUGCUCCAGAGGUGCUGACAGAAACUUCCUAUACAAGAGCUGUGGACUGGUGGGGUCUCGGUGUACUUAUCUAUGAGAUGCUAGUGGGCGAGUCUCCGUUCCCUGGAGAUGAUGAGGAAGAGGUGUUUGACAGUAUUGUAAACGAUGAAGUACGAUAUCCACGGUUUCUGUCUACGGAAGCCAUCUCCAUAAUGAGACGGCUGCUGCGAAGGAAUCCAGAGCGGCGUCUUGGAGCUGGAGAGAAAGAUGCUGAAGAUGUGAAAAAGCAUCACUUCUUCAGGCUCAUAGAUUGGAACGCUUUACUGGCCAAGAAAGUGAAGCCUCCUUUUGUACCCACCAUUAGAGGACGAGAAGACGUUAGCAAUUUUGACGAUGAAUUUACCUCCGAAGCACCUAUCCUCACUCCACCUCGGGAACCAAGGAUACUGUCAGAAGAAGAGCAGGAAAUGUUCAGAGAUUUUGAUUACAUUGCUGAUUGGUGUUAA